AUGACUUAUGGGUCUUUGUCCUCUAUCCUCGGCCAACCCGACAUUUCUUGGCUGCCACCUGGACCAAAUGAUCUGCGAGGCCCUUGCCCGAUGCUGAAUACAUUGGCAAAUCACGGUUUUCUGCAGCACGAUGGUACAAACAUCACCUUGGACAACAUGAUCGCUGCUCUGUCCAUGGCACUGAAUUUCGAUCCUAAGCUUUCAAGUCUGAUGUUCGAUCAGGCCAUUGUCGCCAACCCCGACCCCAACGCCACAUUCUUUACACUGGACCAGUUGAACCGGCACAAUAUCCUGGAACACGAUGCAAGUCUGAGCCGCUCGGACGCAUACUUUGGCAAUAAUCACAUCUUCAACCAGACCAUCUUUGACAGCACCAAGGUGUACUGGACGGCCGAGGUCCUGACGCCGCAAAUGCUGGCAAACAGCAAGAUCUUUCGCCAGAUCCAAUCCCGAGCCUUUAACCCGGACUACAGCUUUAGCCCAAUGAAUGAGGAGUUUAGUCUAGGCGAAGUCGCUGCCCCGAUUCUUGUUUUCGGCAACAUGAGAACUGGAGAGGUCAACAGAAGCCUAGUCGAAUACUUCUAUGAGCGGGAAAGACUCCCUACCGCAUUGGGAUGGGUCAAGAACGCCGACGUCAUCGGUUUGCCCAACGUGUUGGCCACCACGCAGCUCAUUCGCAAUGCUAUGGAUCUUCUCACCGGAUUCAAUGGCGCCGUAGAGCAUCGAGAUCUUCAUGCUGGACCAUUUGCUGGUCAGGACUGA